AUGGUCGAACAAUCAGAUACUGACGACAGUGGUUGUGUCGCAUGUGGCUGGACAGCGCUCAAGCGAAAGCGGUGCCACUAUGAAAGCCAUGUGAAACUCUUCUACGGCGCAUCUCAGCGCGGUGUCUGGUCAAUCGGUACUGAUAUAAUCCUAAAAGAUCGGCCAGACGAGGGCUCCAAAGCAAAAAUCGAAGCAAAGACGCUGGAUUUUCUUGCCAAAUCUACUGCUGAGAUCCCCGCCCCAAAACACAUACGCGACUGGAUGGUCAAAACACUCGAGGAAGCGUGGCCGUCGUUAUCGGAAUCUCAAAGGAUUUCCAUUGCAGAUCAGGUUGUGGAAGUUCGCAAACUGCUUCGAUUGAAUUUCACAUCAAACACGAUACAAACGGUUGACCAAGGCCCGUGUUAUCCAGGCUUACUAUUUCUGGACAUGGAGCCAUAUAGUCCAUUUCACUCCGACAAGGAGCUCUGGGAUGCCCUGGCCGUAUCUUAUGGAAAUAUCCCUCAACCCAUCUUUGAGAAGUUGAAAAAGGGCUUUCCCAAAAGUGAGCCGUUUGUGCUCACCCACUGUGAUCUUAACCUGGGCAAUAUCAUGGUUCGGGAUGGGCAGCUUGUCAGUACACUGGACUGGGAGUAUUCUGCUUAUCUUCCCAUCUGGUACGAGUACCUCGGGGCGUCUUUUGCAUUCACAGAAAUGGACGUGGAAUGGAAGAAGGUGCUUCGAGAGCGUCUAGCUGCACAUGGUGACGCAUAUGACGAUGCCAGAGCUCUGUGGAAAGACCUGACCAGUCUCAAACCAUAUCCUGAUCUGGACGGGAAAGGCAAAGAAGCUCUUGAGAGGCUAUCUUCAGCCUAG